AGGAAUGAAGCGACAUGUGUGAUAUGUGUAAGGAUCAUCCAAGGUUCACAUCGUACAUUUAUGACACUUGGUUGGUUCACAAGGAGAAAUUUGUGAAGGCAUGGACAAACAGAGUGAAGCAUUUUGGAACGACAACAAGUAACAGGGCUGAAAGUGCACAUGCAAGCUUGAAGAAGAUGCUUAGGAAUGGCAAGGGUAACCUGUGCGAUUCAUGGGAAGCAAUUGAUAGGUUGACCAUUGUACGCCACAAUGCAAUACAAGCAUCGUUUGAGCGCAGUAUUAACAUUGUAGAGCACCGUUUCAAGUCUCCAAUGUAUAAGAAUAUGAGAGGAUUCGUUGCUAAACAUGCACUUCACCUAAUGUAUGAUGAACAAAACAGAUUUUGGGGUCAUGGUGAGAAAUGCGGUUGCGUGAUGAAAGUCACUCAUGGACUACCUUGCGCUUGUGCACUUCAGAGUAUUGCCUCAAUUCCGUAUGCAGCAGUUGAUCCAUUCUGGAAGAUACUUUCUUGGGAACAAGUGCCUGUUGUGGAGAGUCAAACCUCAAACAGUGGAUGCAUGCCGCUAGAGAUUGAGGCUUUGUGGGCUCAUUUCAAUACCUUGGAUGAUGCGGGCCAAAGUAUGUUGAGAAGGAAGCUUAAAGAGCUUUAUUGUCCUCAAAUCAGUUCAUUGUGUCCUCCUGAAGUGAAGAUAAAGCACAAUCAAUCGUCCAAGGAGAGGAAAACCAAACCUCCCAGAGGUCAAUCAAUAGGAUCCACCCAGCGUGACCUUUCACAUUGGGAACAUGUUGACAAUCAGACCAAAGAACAAGAAUCGAAAGCUAGCAAGAGGAAACCUAGGCUCACCAAAACUCCUAAAACAACUCCAACAUCGCAAGCUCCUAAGUCAAAGAACAAGAUGGCUAUGACGGCCACCGGCUCCAAAAUCUACUUACCGGAGUUGCCAUCUUUUUUAUGGCCAUAUAUACAUGAAGUGAUAGAUGUUGUCGGGGAUGGUAAUUGUGGAUACAGAGCCGUCGCUGCAUUGCUGGACCUUCAGAACGGUCAGGACGGUUGGCCUCGGGUUAGGGAAGAGCUGAUUGUAGAACUCACACUCUAUGAGAAACACUAUACACGCAUGUGGGGUUAUGAUGUGGUACAAGCCAUGCACAAUCGUCUCACUCUCCCUCCUGAUGGUAGAGCCACUAAAGCCAGAUGGAUGCAUCUACCGGAGAUGGGGUACCUUAUUGCUAACCGGUUUCGGGUGGUUUUCAUCUCCAUCUCGUUAAAAUCUAGUUACACUUACCUUCCGAUGAGAGGAGGCGCCCCACCGUUAGAACAUCCUGUCAUAGCUAUUGGUCAUGUGACCAAUCACUUUGUACAGCUGAAGUUGGUGUCUGGACAUCCUAUGCCGCCAAUUGCUCCCCAAUGGGAAUACAACGUUGAAGAACCCGAGUCCGAAUGGUGUAAACCGUAUAAAGAGCGUUUGGAUAGAUUUAUGGCUGAACACACUGUUUGGAUUGGUCCUUGUGUUAUUACCAACUUUGAUUUAACAGACAUAACAGAAGAUUGAUAAUAUGAUUCAUGUUUGUAAUGUUGUAACCAUGUCUGUAACCAUAUUAUUAGCAAGAAUAUUUUCCUACAUAUAUUAAGACAAUGCUCCAGUAUUGUAACGAGGUCUGUUUGUCCCAUAUUAUUGUCACUGCAUUUUCACGUUUCUGUCUGUGACAGUAUCUGGUUUUAGAGGUACGAAUCUUGAAGUUUCAUAUUAAUCCGGGUUUUCAACUC